AUGGAAUGUAACAACCCUCUUGUUCACAAGAACGGAGAAGAAGGCAUAGAGAUGGCUGCAAAAAAAGUGACUAAAUAUUAUACAUCACCAGAAUGCAAAGCCGAAACAAUAAUUAACUCGACUACAACUACAAUUGGUGCAACGUCAACAAAAACAACUAUGCUUACAACGUCAACAACAGAAACAACAAUUCUUACAAUAUCGACUAAUUUUCAUACAACAACAAUGAAUGAAACCAAAUUCAACGCAUGGAGACAAAAUGCCAUUACUGUAGCUGGUGGAAAUGGGCAAGGACAAGAAUUAAAUCAAGUCGGUUGGCCUAUAGGAAUCUUUAUUGAUAAAAAGAAAACUGCUUUCAUUGCUGAUGACUACAAUCAUCGUAUUGUUGAAUGGAAAUAUGAUGCAAAAGAAGGACAAGUCGUUGCAGGUGGAAAUGGCAAAGGUAAUCGAAUGGAUCAAUUGAAUGAGCCAGCAGAUGUGAUUGUCGAUCAGCAAAAUCAUUCGAUCAUUAUUGCUGAUUGUAAAAACAGACGAGUGAUUCAAUGGUUGAAUGAAAUUCAACAAAUUCUCAUUAAGAAUAUUGACUGUCGUGGCUUGGCAAUGGAUAGAAAUGGAUUUCUUUAUGUUUCUGAUUGUAGAGAGAAUGAAGUGAGACGAUGGAAAAUAGGAGAAUAUAACAAUGAAGGAAUUGUAGUGGCAGGUGGAAAUGGAAAUGGAAAUCAACUCAAUCAAUUUAAUUGUCCUACUUUUAUCUUCGUUGAUGAAGAUGAAUCUGUUUAUAUAUCAGAUAAAGACAAUCAUCGUGUAAUGAAAUGGAGAAAAGAUGCAAAAGAAGGAACAAUUGUGGCUGGAGGAAAUGGUCAAGGAAAAAAGUUCAGUCAAUUUUCUUAUCCUCAAGGAGUAAUUGUUGAUGAUUUGGGUCAAAUCUACGUGGCAGAUAUGUGGAAUCAUCGAGUAAUGCGUUGGUGUGAAGGAAAAGAAGAAGGUGAAAUUGUUGUUGGUGGAAAUGGACAAGGAAAUCAAUUCAAUCAACUGAAUUCUCCCAAGGGUUUAUCUUUUGAUGAUGAAGGAAAUCUUUAUGUUGCUGAUUAUUCGAAUUAUCGAAUUCAAAAAUUUGAAAUAAUUUUAUAA